AUGGCGUCUCAAGAGCCGGCAGACGUAAACGGGACCCUAGAGCCGAUCGAAGAUGAAAAUUUUGGUCCUCUUCCCAUCUCUAAGAUGGAGGAAUUUGGCAUAUCCGCUUCCGACUGUAAGAAACUCAAGGAAGCUGGCUUCCAUACGCUCGAAAGUGUCGCAUUCACGCCCAAAAAGACGCUGCUCACGAUCAAAGGCAUGUCAGAGCAGAAAGUUGAUAAGAUCCUAAGUGAAGCGGCCAAACUCGUGCCAAUGGGUUUCACAACAGCGACAGAAUACCAUCAGCGCCGUUCGGAUCUGAUCACCAUUACCACAGGCUCCCCAGCUCUGGAUCUGGUAAUUGGUGGCGGUGUUGAGACGGGAAGCAUCACAGAGCUCUUUGGUGAAUUCCGUACCGGUAAAAGUCAAAUCUGUCAUACACUCGCCGUGACAUGCCAGCUCCCGAUAGAAAUGGGUGGUGGUGAAGGAAAAUGUUUGUAUAUUGAUACGGAAGGAACUUUCCGACCUGUGCGUCUGCUCGCUGUCGCAGAACGAUUCGGUUUGGAUGGCGAAGAAGUGUUGGACAACGUGGCCUAUGCGCGUGCAUACAAUGCCGAUCAUCAGCUGGACCUCCUGGUACAAGCAGCGGCCAUGAUGGCAGAAUCCCGUUUUGCUCUAUUGAUUGUCGACUCACUCACCUCCCUAUACCGUACAGACUUUUCUGGCCGUGGAGAGCUCUCAGCUAGGCAAACACACUUGGCCAAGUUCCUACGCACAUUGAUGCGCUUAGCAGACGAGUUCGGUGUGGCUGUCGUGGUGACAAAUCAAGUCGUCGCCCAGGUGGACAAUGCCGGGUUUGGUGGUAUGGACACAAAGAAACCUAUUGGCGGUAAUAUUGUCGCUCAUGCGUCGACAACACGAAUUUCGCUGCGGAAAGGCCGCGGAAACCAGCGUAUUGCGCGUGUCGUUGACUCACCUUCGCUCCCUGAGGCGGAGGCCGUCUUUGCGAUCAAACCAGAGGGUAUUGCGGAUCCGGACGAUUAG